UCCUUCACUGUGCACCACGGCUUGAGUGUGGAAUAGACAGAAGGAGAAGAGCAGCAAAAAUGAUGCCGAGUGUGUGCUGUUGGACUCUACUGCUCGCUUUGCUGGCAAGUCAGCCUGCAGAAACAUCAACCGUAGCUCCUCCCAUCAAUCCUACAGUGCAAUGCUGGUGUGCGAGUUAUCCCAACGUGACCCUUUGCUCCUGGCCUCAACCUGCCGACUCUUGGCCAGUGAAUUACACCGCAUCUUACAUGGAGAGACACCAGCCGUCAGUCACUAAGCAGUGUCAACUCAUCCCCCCCAACUCUUCAUCAUCACCAUCAUCAUCAUCAUCAUCAUUAUCAUCGUCGUCAUCGGGUCAUCAUCUGCUGUGGCAUUGUCCCCUGCGGGAGCUGAAGCUGCUGACGGACUACAUCAUCAACGUGACCACGCUUUACGAGGGCGGCAGCAGCUCGUACCUCACCAGCUUCAUGCUGGAGGACAUCGUCAAACCCGACCCCCCCGUGGACAUCAAGGUGUCCCCGCAUCACCUCAAGAAGACUUUAUUGGAGUGGUCGGCUCCUCCCACUUGGACGUACCUGGACAUCGCCCCCUUGAAGUACUACAUUACGUACAAGUGGGACCACAAGGGCAUCGCCAAGUCCGUGGAACUGGGUCCUUUGGAGAACACCAGCAUGGAACUGGACCGUCUUAUCCCGGGUAGAACUUACCGCUUCCAGGUGUGCGCCCAGGAGCUGCUGGGUCUGGGCCAGCGUAGUCACUGGAGCUCGCCCGUAACAAUCACGUUACCCUAGAAAAAAACUCUAAAACCAAUUCAAAUCCGACUGUGACGUCAUUGCCUAAUGUGCAUAAUUGGCCAUGACGUAUGUGCAUGUCAUUGUAAAAAUGAGAGAGGAAUAACGA